UGUUUAUUUUAUUGAGUUACCAAAAACAUUUCUAUCUCUAGUUUAUAGGAUAAGUAUUAAUUUAUAAGAGGUUAUAUUAGAGGUUAUUAAAAUGCUUUCAUCAUUCCAAAGAAAAUGCACAAGACCUUUGCACCUUGUAUACCGACAAAUCAACACUCAGUAUGUCACAACAAAUGAAACUGAUGGGACCCGAGAAGUGAUUUUAAAUCAUGAAAAAACAAAAAAUUCCUUAUCAUUGGAAAUGAUGGACAAUCUCAUUGAAGCCAUAAAUACAAACAAAGACGACACUGCCCUGAGGGCUAUAGUGUUAUCAGCCAAAGGGAAUGUGUUCUCAGCUGGCCAUAACUUGAAAGAGUUACAAUCCAGCAGUGGUGUGGAGCAACACAAGUUGGUGUUCCGCAAAGCUACCGAACUGAUGAAAUCCAUAGUUUUAAGUCCAGUGCCAGUUAUUGCUAAGGUGAAUGGGUUUGCCACAGCUGCGGGAUGCCAACUAGUCGCUACGUGUGACAUGAUAGUGUGUUCAGACACUAGCAAGUUCUCCACACCUGGAGCGAACUUUGGUAUAUUUUGCUCAACGCCGGGAAUCGCGGUCGGUCGUUCUGUACCAAAAUCAAGAGCAACUUACAUGCUUUUUACAGGAGAACCGAUCACCGCGCAAGAGGCCUACGACAGUGGUCUAGUCACAAAAAUAGUCCCUGCCAAUCUUUUAGAUGAAGAAGUGAACAAAAUUAUUGAAAAGAUCAAACACAAGAGCCGCAGCGUCAUAUCGUUAGGAAAGAAAUUCUACUAUCAACAAAUCGACUUGGAUCUCUUUGAAGCCUAUAAAUUGGGUGAAGAUAUCAUGGUACAGAAUAUCAAUACGAACGAUGGCCAAGAAGGCAUUAUGAGCUUUGUCGAAAAAAGGAAACCUAAAUGGAAUCAUUAGUAAUUAUGAAAUGUUAUUGGUGUUGCUCAUCUCUUAUUUUGCAGUGUUUUUAUAAUAUUACUAUUUAUAACAUAAUAUAAACUGGAUGUUUGUACCUACUUACAACGAUAGGGGAAUAUUUGUAUGAAUAAAAUAUACCUUUCAAUUA